AUGGCGAUACUCAUGGUAAAAUUUUUCUCUCAGAUUCUCACCAAAUGCUCCUUCUUCAUGAGGAUGAAUGGGAACAGUGAAGCUCCCAGCUUUCCUCACCUGAGCACCAUGUUUUUCUGUGAAAUCAGUGUUGGGAUCAUAGCCAACACUGCUCUGCUUCUCUCCCACAUCCCCACAUUUUCUGUCAAGCACAGGCCCAAGCCCACUGACCUGACCAUUGGUCACUUUGCUCUUGUCCACCUAGUGAUGCUGCUGACCAUGGGGUUCAUAACUGCAGACACUUUGGGUUCUCGAGGUUUAAGGGAUGACAUAAUAUGUAAGUCAGUGAUUUACUUGUACAGGCUGAUGAGGGGCCUGUCCUUUUGUACCACCUGCCUGCUGAGUGUCCUCCAGGCUGUCACCCUCUGCCUCAGAAGCUGCAGCUUGACAAAGUUGAAGUGUAACUCCUCACCUCAGAGCCUCUGCUGCUUUUCCUUCUUGUGUAUGUAUUUCUCCCUUGUGACCUUCCAGGAUGUCUUCCUUAUAGGACUCAUGGCCCUCUACAGUGGGUACAUCAUGACCCUCUUGUGCAGGCAUAAGAGGCCGUGCCAGCACCUUCACAAUACCAGCCUGUCUCCAAAAGCAUCCCCAGAACAGAGGGCCAUCAGGAUCAUCCUGCUGCUCAUGGGUCUCUUUGUGGUCAUGUACUCUGGAGACUUUGCUGUCUCCCCCUCUUCUGCAAUGUCAUGGAACAAUGAUCAAGUUGGUUGUUGUGUCCAGAUGCUGGUGGGCAAUGGCUAUGGCACACUGAGUCUUUUGGUGUUAAUUAGCACCAAGAAACAAAUGAUGAGGUUCUUAACAUCCCUGUGGGGAGCACUAGGCAAUGCUGAGCUGACGUGCAUCUGGAGCGACAAUCUGUGCCUCUCAGAAAGCACACCAAGCCUGGAGUGGCUGAAUUUAGGCUCCUGUUCACCUGCAUCUUGCAGAAAAACCGCUGUGAAUCAGCACUAA